AGGAGCAAGGGAUUUUUCUUUUCUUGUGAAGUGAAGUYCGAAGAUCAGCCACAACAUUUAUAAGCCAAGUAUUACAUCACAAAACUUUCUCGGUAUUUUUAAUUUACUCCUCUAAGAUUUCAACCGUUAAACAAAAAUCAUUGACAAUAGCAUUGAUUUCCUUUUUAAGGACACUAUUCAAAGAAUUACGGUUCCGUUAUUGUUGGAAUUCCAAGAUCGCUAUUAUCUAAUCUAUAGUUAUUCAAUCAUUAGUCUAUUUGACAAUCGAUCAAAGGUUGAAGUUUACUCGUUCUUGGCACAGUCAUUUGGCGAGACAUUGGACAUGGUCACGUCUUAUAUUCAGCUCUUCGUAGGUUUUCUGGAAGCUUAAAACUGCGUAAGAAACCUUUCUACAUUUGUUCGAGAGCUAUGGGACUGUCAGGAAAAAGCUUGUUCAGGAGAAGAAAUCGAAAGACCAAAAAGAAGCUUGCAGAAUCGCAAUCUUUGCUGGACAGUCUUACAGUUCAGAUAGAAGAAACUGAAAAUCGAGAAGCCCAAAUACGUUUACAACUUUCUGAAAAGAAGCAACGUUUGCAGAACAUUUUAGAAUCGAAGAAAGCGCUUCUUGAACGCGUUAACRAGGCUAAAGAGAAGCUUGAAAGGGUCGUUCAGUUGAAUACACAAACUGAAGCUAAACUAGAAGAAAGGAGGCAUCAACGACAGGUAGAUUUUGAGGUAUGCGUGAAACUUGAAAAAUUUCACCAAGAACUGCCCGUAACUGUGUGGAAUCUGCAAGCUCAGAUCUGUAAAGCUUUUCGCUUGAUUGAGAACACGAAACAUAAUAUCUUAACUGCUUCUCUUAAGCAAGAGAACUGCAAAGAAAAAAUAGAGAUGAAGAGAGAAGAACUUAUGAGAAAUCGCAUCAAAGUCAAAGCAACGAAGGAUAAGAUAUCAAAGACGAAAUGUCAGAUCCAAAAGAUGUGUCAGACAAAACGAAUCCAAGAUUUUCACAAGAAAUGCAUGGAAACCCUUGUAUUAUAUGUGAUGCAAAUGAACCUUAGAGCUGCUAACAGCAGGAUAAAGAUGGUUGAAAGACGAGAAMGACACUUGCAGAAAAUGCUGAAUGGAAUAUCAAGCGAGGCAGACAUGUAUGUAUGUCUUACGAAUGAACUAAGAAAAAAGCAAUUCCAAGCGCGGCCGAUCAAAGUGAGCAAAAAAACCUCCUUGAUUGAUGUUGGUGUUGUUUGAAGUGUCAAAAUCGGCUCCAAAAUUUAUCAAUAUUAUUGGAUGUGUUACAUCUAAAACUUAAUUUGAUAUUUUCUAGAGGAUUUAUUUAUUUUGCGUAUCCGAGCAGUUCAAUGUUUACGGGAUAUCAUCUAUUUCAAAUAUAUAAUACUUAUGAAUAUUAUUCUGUGUACACGAUAAUAAUAAUAAUAAUAAUCUCAGACAUAUGCUUAUAAAUAUUAUUCUGUAUUUACAAUAGUUAAGAUAACACAAAUAUCACAAAAAUUACGAAUUUCUUUCCCUCGGGGCCUUUUAAAAUCCUUAUUGACUGAUAACGUGUAGAUAUCGCGUGACCUAUGGUACUAAUUGAUGUACGAUGGCAGCAAGGUCACGCAUUGUCAAAUAGUCAAGGUCACGCAAUCACAAAUCAUUUCGACAUUUUCCAAUAACUCGUAGCAAUGUAACACUCUUACGUAAAUGAAAACGCAUUUCAAAUUUGUAAAUGUAUAUCUUUAAAAAUUUCUAUUGACAGGGUAGAUCAACUAGURUAAAAAUUAUAUAACUGUCUAUUGAAAUGUAUAUUGAAUGUAAGUAACUGGUAUUUACUGGCUAUUGCAAUGUUUAUCACAAAGAAUAAAUAGAUUAUUGGUUAACAAACGA